AUGGGAGGAGCACCUUGGCAUGCUGUUGCCCACAACGUGCCUGAAGCCUCUACCACGGAGCUUGAUGAUAUUGUGCAAGUGUACAGGAAAGUGCGAUACUCGACGUUGUCCGUGCCGUGCUGCUGGGCACAACAUGGUUCGCCAGAUAUCGCAAACUCUGCCUACCAGCUUAAUAUUCAGAGUACCACCGAGGCUGCCGUCAUUCCUGGAGCCCUCGGCUUAGGACCCACUGCCUCCUCCAUCGUCGACAGGUUCAACUGUGAAUACUUCACGAUGAAGUUCAAGAAUCCAAACCCAACGUCCUUAAAGCUGGUGGAACUGAAAAUUACCUUGAAGGGGUUAACCAACACGACUACUACUACUACUACUACUACAACAACAACUGCUACAACUACUACCAACGUCAGAGUCGAGUGCACGGUGGAUUGGGGUGACGCAUUAACCGAUAGCCAUAAAAUUGAAGACGUGGCGUCAAUUGAACACACGUAUACUAUAGCCGGAAUCUACGACGUUGUUGUAACAUGUAAAUGGAAAAAGGGAGCAGCCAGGUGCCCCGACCAACAGUUCUCGUGCGUAAAGACGCCCGAGUUUCUAGACAAAAGCUACAAGACGUUUAUUUCCCCCAUGCCUUUCUUCACAAACGAAGAAUUACUUCUACACAGCUAUAUGGAAUUCACUGAAACGGAUUGUACCCCACACAUUUACUGGAGCGUAACGAACGUUCAAACAGCGGAUACUCCAGUAUACACGAAUCUAGAUUCGUUGAGACAGCCGAAUACAUCCGUUCUGAAGCUGGAGAAGGAAGUUCUUGAACCAGGCGAUUACAUUGUAUGUCUUGAAGUGAAAAUGCCCAGCAAGGGACCAACCUUCUGGGUCUCGGAUUGCAUUGUGAUUCGAAUAGUUCUUCCGGAACUUAUUGCUUACAUCGCAGGUGGGGAAUUUCGAACGAUUCCCUACGGCGGUGUAGCAAUCAUGAACGCUUCCGUUUCGGGUGAUCCUGCUCAGAACAUGUCGUCAGUAAAUGCUAUACCGUUAGCAGUAACAUGGGCAUUCGUGAGAUAUAAUUCUGGAACUAUUUUCGACAUUUUCCAAACGAAUACUCAAGCUUUACCAGAAGGGGGGACCUAUCACAAGAUUGGGCAUGGCAAUGACUAUUUAUUGAGUUUGGACACAUCUUUGUUCCAUAAUGGAGACAUUGCCUUGAUUAUGUUUAAACUGACAAGGAGUCCAAGAACAUCGUCUGCUUUUCAAGUUAUCAAGAUGGUCACUAACGCUGUGCCAAUUGCUUUGAGAUGCGUUUACAAUUGCUUUGCUGGGCGCGACAGACUGUUCAGUAAAGACAAAAUAGAAGUGGAUGUGGAUCUCGAUCCAACCGUUGACCCGCGGACCUUGAAAUACGAAUGGUCACUACGCAAAUGGGAUGCAUUCUUUAUGGUUUUUAUACCCGUUCCUUUUACAUCAAAAACGGGAACAAAUUCACGUGCUGUCUUAAUAGGCGACAAUUUUUCACAAGGGGAGGUUUACGAGAUACUUCUUACUGUUACAAGGAAUGGGGUGUCCACAACGGCUGCCUUCUAUAGAAGGAUCAAUAUCUUGCCAAAAGGUGGCACUUGCAGUAUAGAUAAAUUGACAGCUGUCUCAGCAAGAGACUGGGUAACUGUCACGUGUAACGGUUGGACUGGUAACGUUUUAAAUCCUCAUAUAACGUUUCUCGUACGCCAGUUCACAAAAGGAGCGCUAGUACCACAAGAGCCGAUCCUUAAAACAAGAGCACGAAGAUCGCACUUAAUUCUGAAGGUGGGGGAGGUUGAAAAUUACGCUUCCACGUUGACCGUUGAAGUCACUGACGAACUGAACAACUUUCUACCAGUAACUAUUUCCCUAGUGGUGUCUCCUGCAUUUAGCUAUCCGGACGUCACCCCCACACUAGCAGGGGCAGCGAUCAUUGAAACAUAUUCAACAGUGGAUUACCCUUUUGCGGCAAAGCAAUUAUUAGACAUGGGGAAAAGUGACAUGACUAUCUCCCUCAUAUCAGCAAUUUCCAGCAACUUCCACCUUGUGGAUCUGCCAGUCUGGAAGCCACCAGUUCCAAGAGUUCUUAAUACCGGUGGUUCUGUUCUCGAUCUGAAUCCAAAUGGAAACGACCAAACAAUUACUUCGUUGCAAGACGCAUCCGCUAAAGCCAACAACGAAACCGUUGAUCCAGCAACUGUAGCAAUACAGAAGGUCACAGCGAGCAUGGCUGCUGGCCUCAAACGAGUUGUGGAAACUGAUAUGCUCGGAUACCGCAAGGGCGAUAGGUACCUCUCAUCACUUGUCACAAAUGGCUUCACGAACCUUGCAGCGAAGCCGCAGUUUAUUGAUGAUGAGUCAAAGGUCGAGCUGAUCUUUCUGAGUCAAACAGUGGGCGAAUCAUCGCUUGAGUUUCCACAGGAUUCGGUAGUCGACUUAUCAGCCACGAUUGAAACAGCCGCUGGAGAGGUGUAUUACAUGAUGCAAGCAGUUGUGAACUCAGCAGUUCCAGACAAUAUGAAACAACGCAGGCCUGUAGACAAUCUGGACGCCGGACUGGCACAGAUUUCGGACAUGUUGGCCGUGAUUGGACAAGAUAUCAAUCUGACAGCUUCUACGAUGUCUGACACCGAGAGGGCCUACUUGUACCAGAGGAUGCAAAAGAAGUUAUCAUACGAGCUAGCCAAUAAAAAGAACACAAUAAAGGAUGCAGCUAAAAUGGCCGAAAGUCUGGCACAGAAAAUGCAAGACGAACUUAGGGUGUGUCUGGUCUGUGACAAUUCUAACAACACUAAAACAGAGCAGUUGAUACGUAAAAACACCGCUGAGGUCCUAGCCAACUCGACGACGACAACGAAGACUUCUGAAUUUAAGCUUGAUGGCCUUUUAGAAGCAUUUGGACCAGACGGACAAGGUGGUGAAGAAGACGUGUCUGUAUCUGCAAUAGAGUUCACAGAAAAUGUGUACAUGUAUGAUACAGACGGCACGUCAAGUUUCGUGACGUCUAGCAUUUUGAGAAUAGACACAAAAACGAAGUCACGUCGAAUUACACCAGAGAGAAUGACAUUUUCACAAAACGCCGAAAUGCCAAUCCCUACCACGAUUACGCCGAAAGAAACGGUCAUAGAAGAAGACGCAUCGGAAUUUUCCUACCACAGAUUUGUAUAUGGCAAAUCCACUGACAACGUUUGCCUGAUUGUGAUGCCGUUAGGUGAUAAUAAUAUAACGUCGUAUCGGGUGUACUUUAGAUAUCACCAAGCUCCGAGCAUUAUGGACUUUGAUUUUGAUAUUUUGCUACAGGAGGACGAUGAUUGGCAGCAUUGCAUAAAUGCAAGUGCAAUGCUGGGUCAUACAGGGCUCACAUAUUUCGCAGUCAAAGUCCCUGGAUCUGUGAAAGAAAUCCAAUACAACCUUACUCUGAUCACUGGUGGUUGUUUAACUUGGAACGAAGCCGCAACUAAAUGGGAGACCGACAAAUGCAGGAUGACGUGGAGACCAAAAGCGAAUAAAAUAGACUGUCAAUGUACUAACAUCACGGACCUGGUGUUUGCAAAUUCAUUUUACCUUGCUCCAAAUUCCAUUGACUUUGCCACUGUAUUUCUGAAGUUUUCACCACUAAGCCAGGCAGCAGUAAUUGGGACCUUUGCCUGUCUGUUGCUUCUUUACAUCGUUGGUGUUGUUUUCUUUGCAAAAAUGGAUAGACGGGAUAGGCUGAAGUGGGGCAUAACUGCACUGCGCGACAACCGGCUUACGGACUCGUCCUAUUAUCUGAUACGGGUUCUAACGGGAAUGCGAAAAGGGGCUGGUACUAGGUCGCGCAUAGCGUUUGUUAUUACGGGACAAAAUGGCGACACAGGAUCUCGGGAGCUGUUUGAUGGAGUUAGGGAGGAAUUCAGCACUGGAAGUGUCAUGACCUUCUUGAUGGCGACGCGUAAGCCUUUGGGAACGUUGGAGCACAUGUGCAUUUGGCAUGAUAACUCAGGAGAGGGUGACAAGGCUUCCUGGUACCUAAAUCAGGUUUCUGUGUAUGACGCCACGACAAAACAAUUAUACAUGUUCGUCGCUGAGAAGUGGCUCUCUGUUGAAACGGAAGUCUUUGUGAAUAUGAAUGCAAAGAGUGAAAAUGAGCCCAUCGAGUUUGAAAGCAGGUUCUUCUAUCAGACCCGAGACCGACUGUCAGAGAGUCAUAUGUGGGUCUCCAUUUUCUACCGGCCACAAAUCAGCCCGUUCACUCGUGUCGAGCGUUUGUCGUGCGCUCUUGUCUACAUCUGUCUCACUAUGAUUGCAAACGCCAUGUUCUAUAAAACGGAAGCCGACUACGAAACCCCGUCUCUCAUGCAAGCGGGACCGUUCCGCUUCACUGCACAGCAAAUAUAUGUGUCCAUAAUAUGCGCUCUUAUUACAACACCACCAGUGAUGCUGCUGAUAUUCAUAUUCAAGCGCACAAAGCGGCGCCAGGACAUGAUUUCUAACUGCUUAACUUGUCCUGGUGUGUGCUGCAGAUUUCCGUGUUCAUCAAAGAAACGGGACGCAACUCCGGACUUCGCAAAGCAGUUGCGAUCUAUAAUGUUGACAUCGGAAGUGCCAGAGUUAACAGGUGCUCGACUCCCUUCGUGGUUUAUCAUAUUUGGGUGGCUCCUGAUUGUUGCAAGCACAUUGGUUCCUGCCUUUUUCGUUCUUCUCUACAGUAUGCAAUGGGGAAAGCAGAAAUCAGAGGAAUGGCUCACAUCCUUCCUUCUGUCAAUCUUUGAAUCCAUGCUAUUUGUUGACCCAAUCAUGGUGAUCUGUUUUGCCUUUGUUCUCGCCUGCCUAUUCCGAAAGUCUAAAGGAGCAGCAAAUGUUGAUAUGGACACCGUAGUUCAGAAUUAUAAAAAACUUACAGGCGAAGACAAGGAUGAUAUGUCCUCGACAAUAGCGAUUUUGAAGAAAAUAACAGAUGAAUAUUUUUCUUAUACAUCCACUCCUAGGAACGUGUCGAUGCCCAUGAAGCCAGAAGAGAUGAAAAAGGCGGCAAAGCAAAGGCGUCUGGAACAGGACUUGAUCAAAUGCAUCAUUGACUUCAUCUUGACUACACUUCUUAUGUUUAUUGUCUGCGUCAUAGCGUUUGCUAACCGGGAUGAUAUGUCUUACUAUCAUCGACAGGAGCUCAUUCGGCACUUCGUUUCGCCAGCAAAACUUCCACCUUUCGAGUCGAUUAUAACUCAAAGAGAUAUGUUUAAUUGGAUCAAAUACACGAUGAUACCAAACCUGUUUCCGGAGACCGAUAUCAACGGGGAUGCUCUACAUUGGUAUUACCGCACAUUUAUGACAGGCCUGAACAACUACAGGUUAGGGCCCCCAAGACUGCGUCAACUGCGGACACAUGCAGGUUACUGCAACAUACCUUACUUUGGUAAUAGCACAUGUUACGGAGGAUACAACCUUCUAGAUGAGGAGACGGAUGGAUACUGUAUAGGAUGGCAGUCACAACCGUGUUCUAUGGUCCAACAAGCCUUCAACGUAACCGUAGACGCUUGGUCUUUUACUUCCGCGCUCGAUAUAUGGGGUCUACCGCUUACUGGUUUCUACACGACAUACGGGGGCGGAGGAUACAUCACGCCAUUUGAUGUAAACAAGAAUGUGAGUGUGGACAUCGUCGAAGAAUUAGUUAAAAACCGGUGGGUCGAUCGUCAAACUAGAGUGGUGUUGUUUGAAUUUACAUUGUUUAGUCCAGAAACAAACAUGUUCAUCUACAACGUCUUCAUGGUUGAGUUCCCGCAAACAGGUGGAGCAUUUAAAACUUACUGGAUCUAUCCGAUCAAAUUGUACAACCACGUUGGACCUAACGGCAUGUUUGCCCUUGUAUGUGAAGUAAUAUUCGUUAUCUAUCUUCUGGUUUUGUUUUUUAAAAUAUGCGUGCGAAUAUAUCAGCAACGGCUGAAAUACUUUGGCCAAUUUUGGCAAUCCUACGAGUGUGUACUAUUUCUAUUGGGUGUAUCAGCAUGUGUGAUUUAUUUUAUAAGGUCGGGCUUUAUAGAUAGUACCAUAAGCAAAUACCGAACCGAUAUUAAACGGUUUGUGAACUUAAGUCAUACAGUGCUUUGGGAUGAAAUUCUAGGUGUCUUGUUAGCAAUAAUAGUUUUUAUGUCAACUAUUAGAAUACUUGAAGUAUUUGCUACCUCAAAGAAGGCUGGUAGCAUUGUGAAAGUAUUUGCGAAGUGCGGAAAAGAUUUGUUCUGGUUUGGAGCUACGUUUGUGUACAUACUUCUUGGAUUUGCUUUCUGCGGGUGGUUUUUAUUCGGACCAUACCUUCUGUCGUACAUGAGUAUCUACAAAUGUUUGACCACUUUGUGCCUUUCAAUGAUUGGUAAAAGCACGUUUAUGGAAAUAGACGAAACGAAUCCGAUCUUGGCUAAAAUAUUUUUCACCUUUUACAUUAUUGUAGUAGUGUUUUUUAUAUUGUCAAUAUUUUUGUCAAUACUUGGAGCAAGUAUAGACAACGUUGUCGGCAACAAGACAGAGGAAACACACAAAGACAUUAUUGAAUACAUGAUGACUAAGUUUACAAAGAUAUUCAAUAAAAGUGGAAACAAAGGAAAGCAUGUCAACGUGCCACUUGUAAGAGAAGAGGUCAAACAACCGACGCUCUACAAUCUGUACAAGAUGGAGAAAAGGGGAACGCCUACGUUCACGUGCCAUGUAAGAAAAGCUAUUGAAAACCAGGAGGACGAAAAUAGCAAGCCUCUAAGAAAACGCCGACGACGCAUCAAACCACUAUCAGGCACUUUUGAUUCGGUUUAAAUGUUUGAGCUUUCACUUGAUAUCAAACAUGUCAUAUAAUACAUAAAAAUCCAACGAAUUAUUGAUACCAUUGUUUGGAUACUGCUCAACUGAAAAAACUCAUAUACUCUGCAUCGAUGGUCAAUGUUCUUUCGAUAUUAUUGACGUUUUGAUGAAACCGACGUAUUAUGUGAUUAGUUCCGUGGCAUACGGGCCUUUGUUUUAUUACCCAACAGUGCCGAUUAUUACAUUUAAAUGUAAACAUGUUCUCUCCCGGCAGCAUAUUAUGCGUUACAUUUGGUGAUACAGUUGUAUUUUUGUGAAUGAUUUUUAUGAUAAUGAUCAGGGUAACUCGAUAUUUUUGUAGCGUACAAAAUAUUGUGUCUGCUACUUGAAAUAUGUUUAUUAAUGUCAUUAUUAUAUUUAAAACACACAAGUGUUAAAUAUCAAAUAAUAUGUUUUGCUUGCCGCUGAUUUGGUUAAGGUCAAAUUAUGAUCCUUCUAUAUGUCUAAAAAUGUGUUUGUAAAUGUGGCAUUAGUUCUGCACGAUUUUAGUCCUUCCUUAAAGUAUUAACUAUGUUCAAUGGAAAAAUAACAUUGGUAGGGUAAAAUUAUAUUACAAUGUUUAAUAUAUUUUAUGCACGAUGCAAGUCCCUAGUAAAUUGAGAUUUAAUUCGGUUUAAAUUAAUUUGAUGAAAUUUUGUGGGUUUUUUUAGCAUAAUAAAAUCAGAUGGUUUCCAAAUAUAUUUCUGAAUCAGUCCAAAGUAGUUGUCUUCUGUUGUCGUUCGCAGAUCAGUUUUGAGUUAUUACCCCGUGAUUAUUAACCUUAUAUGAUAUUAUUAUAUAGUAACGUGUGUGUAAUGUGUUUUCUUUUAAUAUAGUUAAAUCUUGUCGAUCGACAAUAUUGAACUGAUCCUAUUUAAAAUUAAGCUGAUGUACAGUUUUUCUAAAAGAUAAACUUUGAAUCUGCACGUAAAACACUCGUACUGAAAGUUCCCUUCCAGUUAUACUUUUGGUACUGGAGGUAAUACUGGUGUUUUUUAACGCAAAUGGCCUGUUUGUAUACAUUUAAAACAACUAUUAGAACGAUUGAAUUAAUUAAUCCAGCAACGGCAUCGUUGCAUUUUGAUACAAAAUCAAACACGCGGUUUCUUCAAAUGUUCUGUCAAAAUUGUAAGAUUCAUUUGCUGUUAUUGUUUUAUACCUCCGUGAUGUUAUGAACGUUAAUUUGCAAAUUACACGGACAAACAACGUUUUAUAUAUAGAAGUAUUCAACAAAUAAAAUACAUCAUUUUAACUAAGCAUAUAGGACUUGACUUGAAGGAGUGAUCUGUGUAAGCGACUACAAAAUCCAUUUAACAUUUUUGUUACCAUGAGAAAAGAAUAUGAUACCAUUUUCAUAAGAUACAAGUAAUGUGUUUUGUUGUUCUUUUUGGGGUAUUCCACAGUGAAAAAGAUUUUAAAACAACAAUGAAAUUUGUAACAUUUGUUUACUGAAAUAAUAUUAUCGCUUAAGUAAACAGCGAAUGCUAGUAUUUAUGCAUCGAAAAGUCCGUGGCAGCUAUGAAUAUAAUACAGUGUUAUAGUUAUUUAAAUCGUUUCACUGCAAUCUAUAAAACCAAUUGUAAUUCUUAAACAACCAUCCAACGAAUCAAAUAUGUUGACUAAACGUUACCCGCCUAAAACAAAAAUAACAAAAAACACCAAUCAGUAUUAUCUCGGAACAAGCGCGAGUAUAUCUUUUACACUCUCUGCACGGGAAACUUAAACACAAACUAAUUGAAAUCCAAACAUCAGUCAAGUAAUAAACAAACGCACCAAAAACUGCGCUAUAUAUUAAUUUUAUCUCGCCUGCAAAAUGCUCCAAUCAGAACACGUCACAAUUGAGUGAUCGGAUUGGGAGCUUGUCAAAAUAUUUGCAUCGAGAAACUGGUUAAAGAAUCGGUGAACAUUAGCCUAGCUUGUUGUAAAGGACUUGUUCGUCUCGAUGUAUAUGAUUGUAAAUCCGGAUAGUCAACCCUUGCGGAUACUGAUCCAUUACAAAAAUAAGUGUUUUUGUAUUAUAAUAUCAAUUAAUAAGCUUAAUAAGUACUUACUGCGCUAAUGUGAUUAAUUUUAAGUCCUCAUUUUUAAUGUCCCUCUAAAAAUACAAAAUAGGUUAUUGCAAUAAAUUUCUUAAAACAAGUACUGAAGUCCAUUCAUCUAAUUUAUAAUGAGUUAUAACAGCGCGUCUUGAUGAAAAGUGAGACAGUAUAUAAAUUAGGUGCGGAACAAAAUCAUCAAGUAUUUAUAUGAAAAUACAAGCGAAUUAAUUAUAACUUGUAGCAUGGUGAUGAAGGUUGUAGCAGUGAUGGUGGUAGUUGCACCGGGUGCGGUGGUGGUGGUGGCUGUAUAUGUAGUGAGGGAUAUUAUGGUAGUGGAAGAGGUAGUCUUAUAGGUGGGGAUGUUGCGAUGGUGAGAGAGACAGUUGCGUUAGCGACGCUUCUAGUGAUGGCGGCGUCAGCUGUGGCAGCGGCGGCAGUGAUCGUAUUUGAAGAUUAAUAUGAUGAAUACUGAUGUUUCUGAUGACGAUAGUAUAAGUAUCCGUUUAAUGGAUGGUAGAUGACGGACAAGAAAAUGUAUGUGUGUGGUUGAGCUGGACGAGGUGAUCGUGUUGCAAUAAUCCAACUCCCAGCUAUUGACCCUCAGGGUCGCUUGGAGUUGCAACUAACUACACAUGUAUUCAUGUAAAGAUGCCACCCAGAAUCCGGGCGGGACUUUAAUCGGAACAAUUAUCCACAUUUACUAUUUUCUGGCAUAAAUAAACACAAAUACAUCGUAAAUAUAUCCAUAAUGCGCAAAUUUAAACAACUUACAUGAUAUGGUAUGCUCGCAUAAUAUUGAUAUUAAUCCAAAGUUUGAAACACGUCAAAGGUAGAUUUUAUUGUUUAUGUUUUUGCAAUAGACAAAGCCGAGUAUUCCGAGUUUUCCGAAUUCGAAAAUUCUAUUGACUAUCUCGGGAAUCCUCGGCCAGAUAGAUCUCCUGUCUAAUAUACCAAUCGUAAUAUUACGACUAUCUCAGGAACAUCCGUAAGAUAGAUCGAAUCGUUAUUUCAAAACUUCGGCUUUCGGUUUGAUAACGUUUUUGUUUAUAAAGUUUUUGUUUUGAGUAUUUCUCCAUAAAUCACUCGCAAAUUGAUGUCGGUAUUAGCAGUCAUUGUGUUUGUUACGAUUUAUUAGGUUGAUUGAACUCGAUUUUAUAGACAUACUUGAGACAUAUUUUUUGACAUUAAAACAUAGGUUAACAAGAAAACCCCUGAGCUGUCCGUAUGUACUUAUAAAACCUCAGACCAUUCAAGAAGAACUAAUGAUGACAACGAUAUUAAUGAUAAUUGAUGAUCAUGAUAAUGACAAUGAUUUUUGGGUAAUUAACGUACUAUACCGUAUCAGCGAUUGCUUAUUCAUAAAGUAAUGGUUUGGGUGUUUUCUUACAUAAAAUCAAUAACCGAUAUCUACAAAUGUGUCCAUAGACGGCAAAAUUAUGGGUAUACCUUUUAAAAACCAAUUACAUUCAUUUUUUAAGUCGUUUACUCCUCAUAUUGCUUAUUUAAACAAAAUAAAAGGUUCAAUGAUGGAAUCAAAUAAGUGUAAUUGUGCCUUAAUGCCUAAAUGCCCGUGCAUUCAUCAUUAAAUAAGCGACGUAGACUAUAAAAUGUUUUAAGGGUUUGUUCAGGAAUAGCUUUUCCGGCAUAUGACAUAGCUGCAGUGUAUUAAAAUUUGAUAAGCAAACGCUGUCAACAACUUAAAUGUGUUUGUCACUAUGAUACGAAUAAUUGAUACAUAUUUGGACUUGACGUUUUUCAAAUCUACUAAUCUUAGUUCUGCUUAUAUUAGUUUUUAACCGCAAGAUGUCGAAUAUAGCGAUAUGCAUUUAAGUUGUGUUUGAAGACUUUACGGAUGUGUGGUGAUAGGAGUAAUUAAUAAAUCAAAGAAGAUUUAUGAGAACUUUUCAUUAUCAAGCUAUAAUGAUUAUUGCAUAUACAAAUAAUCAGAACAUUUGCUAUUAAACUAUGUAAAUAAUAGGGGAGAGAAUUACACUUCCUGCUUUAAACUAAAUGAUAUAACUUAUUACUAUGAACACGUGUCGGAAUUAAAUCGGACACAGCAUUAUUUAUUUUCGUUAUACACUUUAUUAUAUGAAUUAUUGUAUAACAGUUAUGCCUACUUCCUAGUCGAACUUAUACAUAAAAUAAUGCCCAACAUACAAUCUAUCAUCUUAUUAUUUUAUGUCGGCAGACCGAAACAUAGCUUAGCUAUUUUACUUCAGUAUUAUAAUGCAAUGUUUAUUGCUUUUUAUUGUUUAUCUUUAUUGUUUAUUGUUAAUAUUCUAGUUACAUUCAUAUCUAUUUUACUUGUACAUUUCAUUUAUUUUGUUAAAACAAUAAAUUAUGCAACUAUGUUACUGAACCGUAUUAUCAAAUUAUAUACUCUGUAUUUUGUAUAUCCGACUCUAAAAUUCGAUAUGGGACACUAACAACAAUAUGUUAAAUUAUACGUUUAAGCUGUUUACUUCCAAUUGUCCCACAUUUUGAUUUUCCGGAUUAAACAUCGAUGUAAGAAAAUACAGGUUAGUUGAAUGCCUUGGGCAUAUAUCGAACUUCAGUUACAUGAGUGUGCUAUCCGAUUUCUUCACUACAUCGUAAAGUCGUACUCGAUCGAAAAGGGGUUAAUAUGGUUUUCCACAGAACCGUUCAUCCCGUAUCGGGUCAGUAACUAACCCUGUAACUAUAAAUAUUGGCAUACCAUACACUAUCUUGUAUCAUAAUCUUUUGUAUCAGCUGAUUAAUACGUGACAUUGCCAGAUUUCAAUAAUGAGCAAUCAACGCAAUUUACUUAAUGAAAUUUUUAUUGUUUAUCAAUAUUAUCAUUAAUAUUUUAGCGAAAAAUAAGUUGUGUCAAUUUUUAUUUUAUAUUUUACUAAUGGUUCAAACAAUUCAAAUAUAACAUGUUUGUACUCUAUACCGAAAUUAUUCGAAGUUUCCGGACGAUAAAGAAAAUAUUGUUUUUCGUGUCCGAACAUUGAGAUACGAAUAUUAUUUAUAAAUACAAUUGUCUGAAAAUGUAAAUACAGGUACGCUAUGUUCGUUUGUCAAUUUUUUUAUUGAAAUAGAACUAAAAUAUCAAUGUACAAUAAUUCCAUAUUGGUGUACUCUUCGUUAUCUGCUUUAAAAAUAAAAUCAACUUAACAUCUUUGCAAUCACCUGAAAUAAUAUAUAUAAAGUUAAAAAAAACAAACAUUAAACAUUUAGCUUUCUUAAUGCGAUAUUAUUUCAAACGAUGUUGGAAGAGACCAUUGUUUAUAACAGGCUUACAUUGUAGUUGACCCAAUUAUGAAAAUGUUAUGGCCCGUUGUUAUAAGGCAUAAUUCUGCCAAGUUUUAUUACUUUAAUCCGGUUGUAAAAAUACAUGAUCUAAGGGUCACCAGAUAAGCGAAAACAGGGCCAAAAUCUGAUAAAAUAGAGCUGUAUUAUUGACUGCCCGAAUACUAAGAGUCUUUAAUAAUGGACAAAAAUCCGUACGUCCUAAAGUUUAGAAGCACGAACAAUAAUUAGUUUGGCUAAAAAAGAAAUGUCAGAAAAUUUACAAUGUCCGACAAUUAAGAGAAAUUACGGUAUUGUUUACGGUGUUCAAUACACACAUAAACAACAUACAUGAACGUGUCAAUUUCUACCUAACGACAUAAUGAAAUAAUUAUCAGUUUUAAAAUGCCCUAGGGUUCAAGUAAGCCGAAUCUCUUAUUUACUCAAUUUGUAACAUUUUAGUAGGGUAAUUGUUGUCAAUUUAAUAUUUCACACGUUCCUCUUAAUUGAGUCGAAACCGUGAUAAAUACGUUUUUAUGGCGGUAAUAGUUGAAAUGUAUAUUGUUAUAAAAUUCUCACUAAAACAUGUUGUAUGUCAUUACUUUUUAAAUUGAUCUUUCCUCAAAAGGAUGUAUGUUUUGUAUAUAAUUGUCACGCAUGCUGUUAUUGCAUAUGUAUGUUUAUGGCGAUGAGCUGUAUGCUUAAGCUAAAAUAAAAUAUUCUGUUC